UUUUCUCAAUCAUAAUAUAUGACCAUGAACGUAUUUUCUCUCACUUUAUAAAAGCACACUCCCGGUAGGUGUAGGUGCGGUGGUAUCUGUCUCCGUUUGGCGUAUUUGCUAUCUGGCUGGUUUGUACUGUUACUUUCCUUCUUUCUACCAUCGACCACUUUCCUUUGCACCAUUAUUUAAUCAGCGUCUUCUCCUCGAACAGUCAUUCGUCUCUCAUCUCAGCUCGAAAAUGGCAACAGCAUCGAUUCUCUUCAUCGAUGCCUACGACUCUUUCGCAGAAAAUAUUACUGCUCUACUACGCCUGCAACUUUCUGUCUCUGUCACGUUGAUCAGGAUCGAUUGCGACAUCCCAAGCCAAUACAAUCGGUCAUGUCGAGAUUUCUUUUCGACCUUUGACGCAAUCGUCCUUGGUCCGGGUCCAGGAAACCCCCACAAUGAGUCAGAUGUUGGUCUGUUUAGACAAGUGUGGGAGUGCGCCGCAGAACUCGACUUACCGGUCCUCGGUAUCUGCCUAGGGUUCCAAAGUCUCUGUGUACAGUAUGGUACCCCUAUUGUUCGAAUGGGUUUACCAUGUCAUGGACACGCCAAAGACAUUCAACACGCGGACAAAGAUAUCUUUGCUGGCUGUGGGGCGAUCGUGGCAACAAAUUACAACAGCCUGGGUGUACGACUGAAGGAUUUCAAACAGGAUGACAGCACAAACACAAGCCGUCGGAGUUCAACCGGCUCCGUGGAUAGUAUCUCCUCGUAUCAAAGUCUACAAUCCGGCGCGUCGGUCUUCUCGAAGCCGUCAAACGUUAGAGCACGACAUCACUUCAAUGACAGUCUAGAAGUUCUGGCUUGGGACAAGGAUGACUGGGUGAUGGCUGUCAAACACAAAACUCUCCCUUUCCAUGGCUUCCAAUUUCAUCCAGAAUCAUGCAAGUCAAACCCAGCCUGUCAUGACCUCGUCAAACGAUGGUGGGGUGCAUCUCAGGCGCAUAUUCCCUCACCCAAAUUUCUUUCAAGGACGAUAGAAUCGAACGCUACUCCACCAAGCUUGCCUCGACAUACCACGAGCGGCUGUGACUCUGAUGAGCCAACAGUGGUCGAGGUUAACGGUGCAACGGGCGACAAUAUCGUCUUUCGCGCCAGCAUUCCAAUGCCCAACGGAGCCGAGAAACUUGCUUCACUGUGCCACAAGUUGUCCCCCUCCAACAGUGUUUUGAUGCUAGAGUCCACUAAAAGAGGUCGCUACAGCAUCUAUGCGUUUACCGACGAUUCAAACUUGCGGAUUGAGUACACAGAUGGCAAGAUUGCGCACUUCCAGGGCCAAGAACCGAAAGGGGAGCAUCAAAUUGGACGAGAUGAGCUCAUAGACACAAUCGAAAACUUCAUGCGUCCCAAAAACGUUAUCGAUGAUAAACCUCACCUGCCUUUCAGGGGCGGCUUUAUGGGCUUCGUGUCGUACGAGUUUGGCACCGAUUCGCUUAAUCUGCAUGUCCAUCCUCGAGGGCGUCCAUCCUCGUGCAUACCAGAUGUCAGUCUUCUCUGGGUGGACCGCAGCAUCGUGUUCGACCAUGAGACAAAAACAGCACAUGUUCAAACAAUCAGAAAUGGGGACAAGGACUGGGUUGAAGGCAUGAGUGGCAGACUCAGCUUAAGAAAUGAAACGACGAUGCGAUCAAGAGAUCCGUUGGAGCAAAUUGAGCUACAGAGAAUCCUCGCUUCCACGACCUACACCUUUCCCAGCCACGACCAAUAUCUCUCGAAAAUUCGCGCCUGUCAAUCCGAGCUUGUCGCUGGCAACUCCUACGAACUGUGCCUCACCACUGAAGCCACAGUCACCACACCCACGACAUCCAACCCCACGACAAAUUCCUGGCUCCUGUACAAAAACAUCCAACGUCAUAACCCCGUCCCCUUCGCCGCCUAUAUCUGCUUGAACCAGACGACUAUUCUAUCUUCCUCGCCCGAGCAUUUCCUGUCCUGGUCCAGCAAUGGCACCAUCGACAUGGUCCCUAUGAAAGGCACAGUGAAAAAGACACCCGAUAUGUCGCUGGAAAAGGCCACGGCGAUCCUCUCCAACGCCAAAGAGACCGCCGAAAAUCUCAUGAUCGUCGAUCUCAUUCGACACGAUCUCUACAGCACGGUCGGACACGAUGCGCUUGUUGAAGUCAUCAAGCUAUGCGAUGUCAUCGAAACCGAGACUGUCUUCUCACUCGUCUCGCACAUUCGCGCCCACAUUCCGACACCUGCAGACACUGCCCGCCAGUCCAACGAGUUCAAGCAUGGAAUGACCAAAUAUGGCAUCAAAGCCCUGUUCAACACCCUUCCACCUGGAAGCAUGACGGGCGCUCCAAAGAAACGAUCCUGCGAGAUUCUCUGUCGCCUCGAGCAGAGACACAGGGGCGUUUACUCCGGCGCGAUAGGGUACAUGGAUAUCACUGGCAACGGAGCAUGGUCAGUCUGCAUACGCACCGCAUUCUCGCAUGCGGACGAGAACGUGCCUGAGACGGCCGAGAGCCCAGCGAUGCAGAAAUGGCACAUCGGCGCCGGUGGAGCCAUCACCGUGCUCAGCGACGAGGAGCAGGAAUGGGAAGAAAUGGUGACCAAACUGGACAGUGUCAUGCGUGGGUUCCGGGUGUGAUCCGAAUUCGACCUGAGGAAGUCACACUUUGUACCC